CGACAGGGCACACUCAUGGCACUACACUGCGCAGGCUGGUUUGGGUUUGAGCUCUAUGCAAGUUGCAGCGGGGCAGAGAGCAAGUAUUUCACCCUGUGCUAUUAUAAUUGGAUAAUUAACAAACAUCGCGUCUUUGCUCUUUGAGAAAGAUUUUGUUUUAAGGGGUGUCAAAACAUUGGCACCUCACAGCUGUCAACUCAUAGUGUAACGGAGGACAUUGAAGCCCGUAAUGUUCAAUCCAAACCACCACCACCACCAGCAACAACAGCAGCAGCAACAGUUUCAGCAGCACCUGCGGCAGCUACAGCAACUUUUCCAGCAGCAGCCUCCGCCGCCUCCUCCGCCCCAGCCGUCUCCGGGGCACCAUGUCGCCCAUCACCACCACCAGACACAGCGAGCCAUUCCUGUUCCUCCCCAGACAGCCCCUCCUCCCAGGAUGGUCAACCUGUGCCAGGCGACCCAGACUACCAUCAUUGCCCCCCAAUCCAAUGCUGCAGGGGGCCCUACUGAUGCAGCAGAUGCAGGGUAACAUGCGGGGCUUUGGGAUGGGUGGACAGCAGUUCCGUCAGUUCUUCGCGGCUGGGACCAGAUCGUCUCUGCUUGGGCCGGUUCCCAUGGGCAUGGCCAUGAAAUCCCACAUCAUGGGUUUCCCAGCUGCUCGACCGUACCACCCGCAUGCUCGCUACUACAACAACAACACCACCACCAACACAGCCUCUUCCUCAUCCUUCUCCUCCGUCGCUACCACAGACACUGCAGCUCGCCAGCCAGACAGGAAGAGGGACAGCGAGCAGAUGACAGCAGGGAGCACAGAUGACCAACCAGCAGAUAUCAUUACCAUUGAAGCCAGUGACAAGACUGAAAGAGACGUUGCAGUUGGAGGAGAGGAUGGGCCCAUGCAGCCCUCUGAGGAGCAACUUGAGGAACCUGUAGUUAAGAAGCAGAAGACAGAGGGGUCAGAGGAGCCAAAAGAACAGUGUGUUGUUGAGACUGUCACUAUUGCAGAUACUGAUGGGGUGGUUCUUUCUUCAGAGUGCAACAGCAACAGCCAGCCUGAAGACUGCGUCAUUCUGGAGGAAGGAGGCUCUGGAGGGGGAUCAGAUGUUGUUGAGGCGCUGGAGGAAAGCGGAGCUGUUGAGACGCACAGCUGUUCGUCAGCUCCGUCCCCAUCUGGCAGGCCGGGUGAAGACGACCAGCAGGAUCGUUUAGCCCCGGAGGAGAUGCAGAUACAGGAUAAAGAUACCCCUUUGGCUUCACCAGAGAACCACGAUGAAGGAGAGGAGGGUGUAGGGGACACCAACAAGUUCUAUUGCUACCUCUGCAGCAUAACCUGCCACAACCAGCAAAACUUCAGGGGUCAUAUGAAUAGUGUUUCCCACCAGCAGAGGAUGAUGGAGAUCCAACACAUGAGCAACGCCUGCCUGGUCACCCUGCUGCCACGAAUACAGGAGUCUCUGCAGGGAGCAAACAGAGAUGGAGAUAAGAAAGCAGACACGAAGCAUUGGUGUGCCACCUGUCACACCCACUACACCAGCAGCAUCAUGGACCACCGUCGCACCGAGGAGCACAAACUUGCCAGUAGAACAGCCAUUUCCUCCUGCACAGUCUGCAAGAAACACUUCAGGACCUCUCAGAUUUUUGUGGAGCACUUGCAGUCCCAGGAGCACAGACAGAUGGUGGAGAAGCUCCAGGAAAAGGAGGGCUGUGAGGCCUUGGGCAAGCUGACUUCCAUGGACGCUGAUGGCUUUUUGUUGGAAGAGGUGGAGGGCAUUGAGGUGGAGGAGGGAGAGGAAAGACAGACGAGUGAAGGAGACCAAGAUUGUUCAGAGAAACAGGAUGGCUGGUCCUCCCUUAAAGAAGUGACUCUAAAGGACAUGGCCAGUGAUGAGCAAUAUGAUCCUGACACAGUCUACGGGUCCAGUUUUUUUGUUCCAGUAGCAGGUUUUAUCUGCAGACUCUGCAACAAGUUCUACCACUUUGAAUCUUCGGCCCUACACACCCACUGCAAAUCACUGAAGCACUUUGAGAACCUCAAGAAUUACAGAGAGUUGAUGAGUCAAAAGGGGGGAGCUGUUGAGUCUUCUGGGGAAUCUCUCAUAGCCGCAGCCAGCUUCAGGCCUGGAACAGAAACCACCACAGACUGUGAUGACACUGGUUUAGUGACAGACCUGAACUCCAUGCAGCCUACCAUUACACUCACCAGAGUGAACACGCAGACAGAAAACCAGCAACAGGAGGAACAGGCAGAACUUGACCCGACCUCACAGGACUUCAUCUCCACCUCAGCAACCAGCACUGGCAGCGCAGACCAAGACCUCAGCCUCCACAGUAAGGAGAAUGAGCCCACAUCCCAGGCCUCUGCAGGUCAGGAGAGUCCAGCUGAGCUGCCGGCUGGCAGCAGAGAGGAGCCAGACUCAGAGCAAGCGGCUGCUGAUGAGGAUGCUAAUGAAGAAGAGGAGAAGGAGAAGGAAGCUCCCGGUGUACCAGGGAAAAAAAACGGUACGGGGAAGGCAAAAUCCAAACGCAGGUCAGGGAGGGCCACAAACAGACACUGAUUCAAAGAUAAGAUGUGGAGGAGAGGAUACCAGGUACAACUGCAACCUUAGGACAGGAUGUGUCUGUAUGUGAAGAGGUGCUUUCAUGAAACAGAGAUAUCUAUAAGUGAACAGCUCUGCCGCUCUCUAUUUUGGAAAGGCUUCUUAUGUGAAGUGUUCUCCCAGGGUGGGAAAUUAACACCUGACAGCUAUCAAAUACAGGUUGAAUCAGUGACUGGUGGGUAAGUAUGUUAAUAUUGGCUAACAGUCAGAGGCUAGUCUCCACCAUUAGAUUACAGCAAUCAAAAUGAAUGAAAAGCCAUCACAUGGAUACAUGUGCUGUGUCCCGAUCCUAUAGUACAUAUUCUAAUCUAAGCAGGUUCUGAGUGUGUAGUGUGUUUAGGAUGGAAGUUUACUCAAAACAGUCCUUCUACUACUGCCACAGUGCAUUGCAAAAAGGAAACUGAGGAACUGCAACUGCAAAACAUUAAAACGUGGAUUAAAAACAAAAUUGUGGGUAAAAUGGCUUUAAUGCCCCCAGGGAACAGAAAAAUAAAUAUUAAAUCCUUAAACAUUUAAAUAUUUUAAUUGUGAAUUUUUGAUUGACAUGCAGUGGGGCACGUAUUGUAUGAUUUCUUGUUAGUAUAAAACAGUUUGGUAUGUAGAUUCUUUUAGCCACGCUAACAGUGUGAAUAUAGUAAGACUUUAAUCCAGAAUAGUGUUGUAGUCAAGUCCAAGACUUUUAGGGGCUGAGACCAAGACUGAGGGAGCAUCUAGUGCCAUCAGGUCAAAAUUUUAAUUUUGUUUAAUCUUUCGGUUCAUAUGAAUUGUUACAAAUACCUGCAAAACAUUCCACCAGCUUCAGCUGUACUUUGUGUUUAGCAAAUGCUAACAUGCUAAACUAAGAUGGAGAACAUGGUAAACAUUAUACCUGCUAAACAUCCACAUGUUAGCGUUGUCAUUGUUGCAUGUUGACAUUAGGAUGAAGCAUGGCUGUACAACCUCAGAGCCACUAGCAUGGCAGUAGACUCGUUUGUAUACUAACUGCAAAAUCAAGAGUACCACAACAAUUAUACUAUACAAGCAGAGUGGAAUUAAAACAUGUUCAUUUAAAACCAUAGAAGCUAAACGCAAACGUAAUAUAUACAGUAUUUUAAAAGUAGCAUGAGUGAAGUAUAGAAUGACAUGAAUUUUCCUAGCCACAGGAGAAAAAAAAAGCAAAGGUAUUUUAUUAGGUUACCCCAUCCACAAUUAAAAAUUUUAUCAUUUUUUUCCCCACCUUCUAUUCCGAAGUAUUACAAUCACUAUAAUUGCUUCUGACCCUUAAAUGAACACUGUGCAGUGGUUUUAAAUGUAGCUGGGUUAAAGGAAAGGAGGUGGCUGGCUCACCAAAAAGUUAAUUUCCCACCCUGCUGUCCUCAAAGAUCAGGAAGCUGAUUGUCAGCUUUUGCUAAUUCUGAAUGAUUGUUGAUAUAAGAUAACCUACAACUGGAGAUACCUUUAAACAUUGCUAACCAUAUACAGUAGCACACGCGUUUAGCAACCUGAAAUGUAGAAUGUAACGAAAUUAUUUGUUUGGGCUGGUGACCACUUUUGUUUGAACAAAAGUUGAAAGUCAUGAAUCUGAUCAUUGCUUUUCUGAUUUUUUUUAAUCAUCCAUUUCUUUUUGGGUUCAAGCUGGUGUCAUCUUUGUGGCAAAAAGAGUUGUCAGCAGUUGUUGUCUUGAUUUGGGGAAAAAAAAAUAAAAAAUCCUGUACACAUUCAUAUCGGAAGAUGCUAGAUAUAUUUAUGGACACCUGUCAAAAGAAAUGUCUAAAAACCCUUUUACAGCUCUAAAAUGAGAAUCCUCAGCCAACAGCUUCAUCAACAACAACAGAAAGGUGUUUGUGCUAACCAGACUCUGAAUUCAAAUUACAAGCUGUACCCAACUCUCCCAGGACUGCAGUUUGCUUGCCAGUUAGGGUAAAUAUUUGCUGCUUGAAGUUUAAAAAAACAAACUGUAAAGUUGUUUUGUUUUUUCUUGCUGGGUGUUGUACUUUGCGCCUUCAGAGAACCCACAAAUCAGUAUUUUAGCCCCGAAUUCAUAAAGAUAAAAAAAAUAAAACAUUUGUGUAGAAUGGACACAACAGGGUGAUUUUACACAAAAAUCACAUUUGGUGUCACAAUGCAGUGUACCUGCAUUUGUUUUACUUUUAUUUAUUCUUUUUGCUAUACACUGGACAGAUGAAUCACUCACUUUAAUGGAAGGAGGUGUUUAAUGUCAAAUUAUCCUUGCAAACUUUAAACUCUGAUUUUAAGCACCAGUAACAUACAGCGGAUGAUACCCAUUACAGAUUAUACAAAUGUAUAACUUCCAGCAUUUCAGCAGUAACCAGAAACCACAAGGCUUAAAUAAGGAUGCCUCACUUCCCUCUUGAACAACUAGUGUGCUCUCCUGGAAACAUUUCAUCCUCCAUGUUAGAGAAGGAUAUUUUAAACCACAAACGUGGUUGGCUGCCACAUGUAGCAACUCUAGUAGUCAUGGUGGUAACGGUCACAUGAUUAGCAUUGCAUCGUGUUCUGUCUGAAGGAACAAGACAUGAUGGAAACUAUACUUUGAGAACAGAAGGGAGCAGGAGAGAGAAAAGGACGUGUAAAAUAUAAUUUCAAACAAAGCUGUAUGUUUCUUAUUGUAUUUUUAUUCAGCUACUGACAAAUUGAGAUGAACAAACAGGUGAUGUUUUCUAACUGCUGGACAUUUAAUGUAUUUUUGGAUGUUUGUUUGCCGUUUGGGGUCAUUUUAAUUUAUAUUAAAAUGUCUGACAAUUCCCAUA